AUGGAAAUGUAUAGCCUUGAAGUCGCAGCGCUUAGACAAGGGAAACCUGUGCCAAAAACCAGUUCCUUGAUGAAGUUGUGCCCUUCUCUGGGUCCUGAUGGACUUCUACGAGUAGGCGGUAGACUUGAUAUGUCGGACUUGGGAGAAGGUGUCAAACAUCCGGUUCUCAUUCCAGGGUCACACCAGAUCGCCAGUGUUAUCAUUAGACAUUUUCAUGAAUCUGUUGCUCAUCAGGGGAGACACUUCACAGAGGGAGCAGUUAGGGCCGCUGGCUUCUGGGUAACUGGUGGUAAACGUCUGAUUUCGCUCCUCAUACAUCGGUGUGUCAAAUGCAGAAGGCUAAGAAGUCGUCCCUGCACUCAAAGGAUGGCAGACUUACCUCUCGAUAGGGUUGUGCCCUCGCCUCCAUUCUCCUUUGUGGGAGUUGAUGUUUUCGGACCUUGGGAAGUUACUUCUCGACGCACCCGAGGUGGUGUUGCUGCCAACAAGCGCUGGGCAGCAUUGUUUACUUGUAUGUCAACAAGAGCUGUUCAUAUCGAGGUGCUAGAAGAGAUCAGCUCCUCCUGCUUCAUCAAUGCUGUCCGAAGACUGUACGCCAUACGCGGGAAAGUGAAACAAUUCAGAUCAGACAGGGGAACUAACUUCGUUGGGGCAAUAUCGGAUCUUGGAGUCACAGUUAUAGAAAGUAAGGAUGUGAAGGACUUUUUGUCCUCCCAAGGAACAACGUGGGUGUUCAACCCCCCUCAUUCCUCCCACUUCGGAGGUGUAUGGGAGCGCAUGAUUGGGGUAACUCGCAGGAUCCUGGACGCAAUGUUGCUGGAAGGGAGAGGGAAAGACCUUACCCAUGAAGUCCUCACCACCCUCCUCGCGGAGGUAGCCGCCAUCAUUAAUGCGCGCCCCUUAGUGCCGGUUUCAUCUGACCCAGAGCAGCCAUUCGUCUUAUCACCCUCUGUACUGCUUACUCAAAAAUCAGAAGGUCAGGUUGAGACCUUCCAACAUCUGAGCCUUAAAGACAUGUACCAUUUGCAGUGGCGUCAGGUCCAAGUUCUCACAGAAAGAUUCUGGUCACGAUGGAGGAAAGAGUACCUGGCUACCUUGCAACCUAGAAGGAAGUGGCAGGAGAAAGAGCGGGAUAUCAAGGUCGGUGAUGUAAUCAUAAUGAAGGAUUCGCAGGCAAUACGGAAUGACUGGCCAUUGGGAGUCAUUACACGCGUGAUCCCUAGUACUGACGAACUAGUACGUAAAGUUGAACUUCGCGUUGUCCGCGAUGGAAAGAUCUCAAACUUUAUCCGUCCUGUGGCAGAAGUUGUGGAACUUAUUCCCAGAGAUUGA